AUGACGCGCCCGGAAAUAAUUCGUGCUGAUUCAAUUGAUCUUCAGGACCCGAAUUCCCCAUCGGCGCAAGAUCAUUCUAAAAAGCAUCCAAAUGCUGCACCUUUAGGCACUGGUCCACCUGCUCCACAUCAGGCCGAAGCAUUACGGGAAGUCGCAGCAGAAGUCGCAGAUGAGCAACAUCGAAGUCCACGAGUGUCAAGGGAAUGGGUCAAUGGCGAAGGACAAAUGAUACAAGAUUAUACGAAUGACGACUUGGCCGCUGGAACUACCUCUGCCUUGAACGGGAACAAUCAGCAAGGUGAUUUGGCAAUUGGUCAGAAUGGGGGUUUGACAGGUUCCGGGGGCGAAGAUGGAGACAUGGCGGAUGCCGAAGGGGACGAUGGCAUGGAUGAUGAUAUGAUGGACAAGAUAUCCAGCUCCCCAUCAAUCGACGAUGGUGGGUAUUCUCUUCCAAAAAUUUGGCCUUCUAGGUCCGACUCCCUGUCCCGGGCAAGCUCCUCGUCGUUUUCACAAGCGUGCGGCGAAAGUUCAUCCCCUUUCGUGGAGCCACCCACUUUCUUUCCAUUACAACCCAUGAGCGACCGGCUAGAGAUGGACCUGAGCCAGGUGGCUCUCGAAAUCCAAUAUCAUCAUCUUCAUCUAGGUGAGUAUCUCGACCGGGGGAAUAGUACGACGUCCAACUAUGACACCGAUGCGCCUACACCAGUAACUCCGGAGAAGUAUGGACCUUGCGUUGAAAAAUUCGACCAGGACUACAACGAGGAGUACUUUCAUGACCAGCUCAUAGCAAUGCAUGAUUCGGACCAGGAUCUAGCCCCAACUCCCGCUUUUGACCCUUACGACUAUGACGAGGCAAUGACCAUACCAUACGAAAGCUCCGAGGACGAAGAAGACCAAUAUGAUGACGAUGAUGAUGACGAUGAUGAUAUUCCAUAUGCUGCUGACUCUAGAUUUGUUGAUUCCGGAUGGGGUGGAGAGUGCUUACAAGAAUCAGAGGACAUCGACUUCGAAUUCGUCUACGCACUCCAUACCUUCGUCGCUACAGUAGAAGGUCAAGCGAAUGCAACUAAAGGAGACACGAUGGUUUUACUGGACGAUAGUAACAGCUAUUGGUGGCUAGUAAGGGUAGUUAAGGACAGCAGAUACUUACCAGCAGAACACAUCGAAACACCCACAGAAAGACUAGCUAGACUUAAUAAGCAUAGAAACAUUGAUCUUACAUCGGCUAUGUUGGGGGACCAAGAAGAGAAGUCGAAAAACCCGCUGAAGAAAGCAAUACGACGAAGGAAUGCUAAGACUGUAACGUUCACGGCGCCGACAUACGUUGAAGCUUCGGAUGUCGAUUACUCUACUGACGAAGAGGACGGCGACGGAGACUUCUACGGGCAACAAGAGCAACGGAGUGAGCCGCAGGAGCAGGAUGUUGAUGAUGGUGAUGAUGAUGAUGAUGAUGAUGAGAUCGUUGCAUUAGAGCCUCUCAAACCGCGUUCUGAUCUUCGCGACGCUAAAACCGAAAGUCCGGAGGGCGACAACUCAACUGUCAAAUCCAGCUUAGAUGCGACCAGGAAUAGUGACGAGAUAUCAGACGGGAAGUUGGAAGGUAGCAAAUCUAGGAACGGUACCCUACGAAACACGGAUUCAUUCUUCAAAGACGACACCGUGGAAACUAGAAAGAUUUCUCUGACACCAAAUCUACUUCGUGAUGAUUCUAGCACUUCGACUCGAACAUCUAAUGAAUCCGAGAAACCGAAGCAGAGGCCGAGCCUCGAUAGAAUUGAAAAGGAUCUUGUGUCGGACAAAAUCAAGGACAAGAAGGAUAAAAGGGACAAGAAAGACAAAGAAAAGAAGCCAGGAAUGCUUAGCGGGCUAUUUAAACGAAAAGAUAAGAAGUCGAAGCACCAAGAUGAUGAUAUCGAAGAUUCAAUAUCAUCAAGCAAGCAAUCAAACGAGAAUCCUAGGUCGUCUCCUUCCCCUAGCAAGGACUCGGAUCUGGCGUCUGUCGAGGAAUCGAGUCCAGAAGCCCAGAAACAGCCCAGCAAGUUACAGAAACAACCGCAUCCGGAAACUAAUUCCCCUAGUCGCAAGCAAAAUAUGAGGGAACCAAGAUCUAUGGAACCAAAACUCGCGACAAUCUCUGAACGUGCAGUUGCAGCUGAUUCGGCGCCAGGACCUUCUUUGCGUCUAGUACAGCCAGAGCCACAAGCAACGGCGUCAAAUCAACAAGGAAAUAACAUCUCACCCAUAAUCUCGAGUCCCAAGUCACCUGGGCCGAUAGCUAAGAUCUUGCAUUCCGCGAUUUCCGGCAAUUCGGAGCCAAAGCCUGUCAAAGCCAAGAAGGCAAAGGCUCGAGUCGAAUUAGACGAUUUUGAUUCAUCUUCUGAAGAAUCCGACGUAGAAGAACCUAGUCGUUCUUCAGGUGAACAGGCUCAACGACCUCUUCCAGGUAGCUUCCCUGACAGUUAUAUCGCAACUCCUGCGACGGAAGAUCGUAACGCUAUGGAAGAGAGAUUAUCGGAAUCUCCGGUACAAAUUUCUCCAGUCACGCCGACACACUCUCAUCCACCAGCACUCAUGGUAGAUACGUCUAGUCAAGAAGAACCACCAUCGCCAAUGUCAUCACCCUCACCUGAACUUAUUGACGCUGAUGAUGUCAAGAAGGGUGCCGGAAGCUCUACAACUUCAACAUCGACACCUACAUGGAGCGACUCGCAUCUUAGAACGUUCUUCGAUGAUGAUACAGAUAUCAGAGAUCUGUUAGUUGUUGUGUACGAUAAAUCGGGAGUAGUGCCAGCAGGAUCAGAUCAUCCAGUUGUGGGCAACCUUUUCAAAGAAGAAAAUGCCAAAUUGGCGGAUAUAACCAACCGUUUGGAUGGAAUGCUAGGUGAUUGGUUAGCUCGCAAAAUGAGGACACAAACUUCAAGAUGA